AUGAGGGCUCUACGGUUCAAUCAGGAUGCCACAUGCUGUGUGAUCGCCUCGAAAAUGGGCGAUAUUAGCAUAUAUAAUUGUGACCCAUUUGGUAAAUGUUUUGAACUGGAUGCAAAGAAGAACAGCACAAAUACAACCGAUGAUAUGACCGAUAGUACGACAUUUCAAAGUAAUGACAUGAGUAAUUUGUAUGUGGACCAAGGUGAAUACAUUGUAGAGAUGUUGUUUUCGACAAGCUUAAUUGCUGUUGUUGAUAGAUCAACAGGAACCAUAAAGGGUAAAAAAUUGAAAAUCAUCAAUACUAAGAGAAGAUCAACCAUAUGUGAAUUGGUAUUUCCCAGCGAGAUUGCAGAUGUGGUCAUGAAUAGAAAGCGUAUGUGUGUGCUACUUGAGAAUGAUCAGAUUUAUAUUUAUGAUAUUUCAUGUAUGAAACCAUUGGAAACAAUAAGUCUUUGGAAUGAUGGGUCCGGCAAAAAUGAUAGUCACGAUCGAACACAUCCUUUUAAUGAUUCUAUUAAAAAAUCAGAGGAGGGGAAGACAAGAGAUAGGAGGAAUUCAGUAAGAAGUCGAAUUCGUCCUAGAAUUACUUUGAGUAAUGAAGAUAGAAGCAUACUAUGCUAUACUUCCUAUAGUGUGUCGAAACAUAAACGAGAUCAACCAUUACUGAAAGAUGUAGUUGUCUAUGAUGCAAUAAACAUCAAACCAAUCAAUUAUUUAUCUUCAGUUCACAAGGGGAAUAUUGCUUGUAUGGCAUUGAGUCAAGAUGGAAAACUGCUUACCACUGCGUCUGAAAAGGGGACUAUAAUACGAGUUUUCAAUACAGGUAUUGACACUAAAUUUGACGGUAAAAAUCCUUUAUAUUGUGAAUUUAGACGUGGUUCUAGACCGUCCAAUCUGUAUCAACUGAUUUUUGACCGUUCAAGCACAUACGUAGGUUGCGUUGGUGAUACGGGUACGAUUCACAUUUUUAAGUUGAAAACAGAUAAUAAUUUAAGCACAUUGAAUGUUGAUGCUGGUGAAACAGGAGAAAUUACUAGUUAUGAAAGCUUUAGAAAUAAAUCGACGGCUACCGAUCCUUCAAGACAGAUAGCCAAUUAUUUGUCACAAACAAUCAAAGCGAAGAUUCCAAACCAAAAUUUGGAUCGAGAUUUUGCCCACAUUAAUGUCAAAGAAGGGACACGGUAUUGCCUAGGAUUUCCAGAGGAAUAUAUAAACCAGGUUUAUUUAGCUGGGGAUGACGGGAACUUUCGUAUUUAUGCACUUCCGUCGGUACCAGGCAGUUGUGUUCUAACUAAGUCUAGUUCAUUUAUGUAA